GCAAUUAACCCCUACAAGUUUCAUCAUUUUAUCUGGAUGUCCCCGAAGGGGCCUACAAGUUUCAUCAUCAUAUGUGUGAAUUGUGAUCACCCACAUUUUUCGCUUGUGAACACAAGAAUCGACGGUUCUAUGCGAGUUUGAGUUAUAAUAGACUUUAUCAUCAAAGAUUAGAUCAAGCAGGUAAUUUUCUCAAAAACAUGAACUUAUGGAUAAAAAAAUAGACAAAGAGAACGAAAAAGGCACACACUUGGCCCCUAUCACUUUCUUGAUAUGUAAUGAGAUAAAGGUAAUAUCUUCAUUCAUGGAAUUUUAAUGAAGGUGGAGAGAUUUUGAGAAUCUCGAUAAUAACUUCUACAAUGAUGAAGAUCCUCCUUUUUGUCGUAAAAAUUUCCCACGAGUUAAUUAAGUUGACAGACAGCUUCAUCCUCUAGCUAAUAGAUAUAUCCAAGUUUUACGAGUUAGAUGUAAUGUUGGUAGAAAACUGUAUGUGUUUCGUUCGAGAUAAACGGUUGUCAAGAGCAACAACUCUGUGGAGGAGAGCAACGAGGAGGAUGCGGUCUGUCACCUAGUAGGGUAAGUAGAGGGAAAUUAGUGGAUAAAUAUAUUUGUGGUUAAAUAACCAAUCUAUGUGUGGCAGUUGGGAUAAUUAUAAUCGAAUUUGAAGUGUGUGGUCGGAAGACUAUUCAAAUGAACAAUAAUAAUCAACUCGACUACAAUCAAUAUAAUAAAAUCAUUUAAUCAAUUUAUCACCAUAAUCCGAAUGAAAUAUGGGAAUCUAAGAGGUACAUUGAUGCCGGUGAAUACUAGGUCCAUCAAGAUUGUUUAAUGCUUUUUGUUGUUGUUAAAUUUAGUUGUCAUACCUAUCCCUAAACAAUACAUGUAUUAUUCUAUAGUUUGGAACUUCUAAAAGUUAUAUUAUGGACAAUUCAUUGACAACUGUUUCUACGUUCUUGCCCCUCCAUGUUUUCGUUCUAACUUCUAACCCUUUGCUAGAAAAUGAAUGAUGAUAUGUAAAAGAGGAAGGGAAUCUCCAUAUUUAUUUCAUUUAGGUGCCCAAAUCUCUUUAUCAUAUUUAGCAUUCAAUUCAAUGCAAGGAAUCGUCAUCGAGUAGAUCAAGCUAAUUAAUUCUCUUCGUUGCUUUCUGCUCUAUUAUUAAAAGAGCAUUUCUUGUUGCAGCACCAAGAUGGAUGAAAACGAAAUUAAGACCGAAAUAAAUACGCCCUGGCCCUGCCAACUGCCACCGCUCAUCUCACCCAACUGCAAAAAAAGCCCACUAAAAGGCCCAUCCAUCACUCUCUCUCUCACUCUCACUCUCACACUCUUCUCGCCCGCCUCAUCCCCCUCUCACCCAAUUCGUACUCUCUCCUCCUCGUUCUCUCCGCCCCGCCUCCACAAUGGCGGAGACCACCACCGCCGCGGUUCAGCACCCGAUUUCCGACUCCAACGACCAGAGCCCCUUCGGAAAAUUCACCCCAUCCGAAUUCUACGCCAAGCACGGCGUCUCCCACCACUCGGAGCACAGGACCAACUCCCGCGGCUUCAAUCUCUUCACCCAGUGGUGGUCCCCGCUCCCUCCCGCCGACAAAAUCGGAUUCAUCGCCGUCGUCCACGGCUUCACCGGCGAGUCCAGCUGGUUCCUCCAGCUCACCUCCAUCCUCUUCGCCAAGCACGGCUUCCUCGUCUGCGCCAUCGACCACCAGGGCCACGGCUUCUCCGACGCCCUCGACGGCCUCAUUCACCACAUGCCGGACAUCAACCCCAUCGUCGACGACUGCAUCGACUUCUUCGCCGACUUCCGCGCGUCCCACGCGCCGGGCCUCCCGGCCUUCCUCUACUCGGAGUCCCUCGGCGGCGCCAUCGCGCUGUACGUCACGCUCAAGCAGAAGCAGAAGGGCGCGUGGGACGGGCUGAUCCUCAACGGCGCCAUGUGCGGGAUCAGCCCCAAGUUCAAGCCCCCCUGGCCGCUCGAGCACCUCCUCUUCGCCGUCGCCGCCGUGGUUCCCACCUGGCGCGUCGUCCCCACGCGCGGGACGAUCCCGGAUGUCUCUUUCAAGGUGGAGUGGAAGCGGAAGCUGGCGAUGGCGAGCCCGCGGCGGAGCGUGGCGAGGCCACGCGCGGCUACCGCGCUGGAGCUUCUCAGGGUGUGCAAGGACUUGCAGGGGAGGUUCGAGGAAGUGGAUCUGCCGCUGCUGAUCUCGCACGGCGGCGACGACGUGGUGUGCGACCCCGCGUGCGUGGAAGAGCUCUACCGCCGCGCCUCCAGCAAGGAUAAGACGUUGAAGAUAUACCCGGGGUUGUGGCACCAGAUGGUUGGGGAAGAGGAAGAGCAAGUCAAUCUAGUGUUCGGAGAUAUGAUCGCCUGGCUGAAAGCCAGAGUGGAACGCAGCAAGGGGAAUUGAGUUGUCAGUACUCGCCGGCAGCAUCGAGGGAACAUCCCGGCGGCGACGGAGGUGAAGGGGAUCGGCGAUUUAGUCUUUCUGAAUGAAUAAGCCAUGGGUACAUAAGUUAUGGUUGGAGAUUGCUUGAAUCUGCCUGAUUUAGUGUCCAGCUUCACUGUUGAAUGAUGUAGUUGUAAGCACCUAUUCGAUAUCUGUAGUGUAUGUGUGUAAACUUGGACGAAAUAAACAACGUGCUUAAGUCUAUCCAAUCGACGUAGUAAUCCGAUACCUAAAGUAGUCAAAUGAAUCAGAUUGACGAAGGAAUUUGGAUCCGGUCUUCAGUCCUCACUGACGGAGUCUCAGGAUGGCGUUUAUGAAUGCAAAUUGGAAGGUGAACUGAUGGAAGAAAUGAAUUUAGUCCUCUUCAGGGAAACCUGUAGAGUAGAGAUUGGAAGGAUUUUGUAGAAAGACACGAAGCUGAAGAAGGCCUUGGCAUAGAAGUUUCACUGAAUAUUGUAUUUGGUGAGAGUCUGAGAGACAUUACUGAAACUGAAAAUCAUAUGGCGAGGAGCUUUGAAAUGGGAUGAAGAUUUUUAUUCAUCUCAGUGUAUAGAGAUUGCAGUAAAGGACAUAUUUGUAUGGUUUUCCUGAGGGAAACCUGUAAGGGUUGGCCGGAUGAGAUAGAUGGUUAAGGCUAUGAGGAUUUCCGUAAGGAAGGGAUCUUCUGAUUGCUUGUCUCAGAGGUCAUUAGAGAAGCUAAUGAAAUCUGCAGACAGAAAGGCCAAUGUGUUUCUGACCUGUUGAUGAUCACCAUCAUACUUGGAAUUCAAUGGGGUUAAUAAAACUGAGAUUACUAA